AUGGAAGAUCACAGAUUCACUGAUACUAUUCUUCGAACGACAAAUGUUCAAUCAGCUAUUCAGCGAUUCGAAAAAAGGGCUCCGGCUCCGCCACCGCCGUUCAGAGAGCCCUUGGAACCCUCUCUGGAAGCCCCAUUAUACGUAAACACGAAUAUCGUAUAUCCGGUCGAAGAAAACUCCUUCUUCCCUCAAAUCACACCGCCCAGAGAGCACGUGACGUAUGGAGCCACGAAUGAAGGGUUUAUGGACCCACCUAUGGAGAAUAUGACUUUAAACCGUUUCGAGACUGGUUUCAAACCGUCCAAUUUUGGAAAAACCAUCCAAGGGAUCUAUAACUCUACGGAGCACCCCCAGCAGCAGUCGCCUGUGCCACCAAGUCUGGCGGUUAAUCUGAACGUCAUGUCACCCGAAAUGUCACCGCCAAAGCCGGCGGAACGGAGGAAGUUUACGGCUAAACCGAUUGAAGAUAACAGUAUGGAUUUCACAACGUUCGGAUCAGAUGUCGAGAAGCUGGAUCCGGAAGUGAUCUUCACAAAACAAGAGCGCAUCGGUCGCGGCUCUUUCGGUGAGGUGUACAAAGGGAUCGACAAUCGUACGGGCCGUGUCGUCGCCAUAAAAAUAAUCGAUCUCGAGCAGGCGGAAGACGAAAUCGAGGAUAUUCAACAAGAGAUUCAAGUGCUCAGUCAAUGCGAUUCACAGUAUGUGACAAAGUAUUUUGGCAGUUUUUUGAAGGGCUCAAAACUAUGGAUUAUAAUGGAAUAUCUGGGCGGUGGAUCGGCGCUCGAUCUGACGAAAAGCGGAAAACUCGAUGAGAGUCAUAUUGCUGUAAUACUUCGAGAAAUACUCAAAGGAUUAGAGUAUUUGCAUAGUGAACGCAAAAUUCAUCGAGAUAUUAAAGGAGCCAACAUACUGUUGGAUCGCCAAACAGCGGCGGUGAAAAUUUGUGACUACGGUGUCGCAAAAUCGCUGGCCACCGUCCUAAAAGCCAACACUUUUGUCGGCACACCAUUCUUUAUGGCGCCAGAAGUGAUACAAGGCGACUAUGCUGCCAACGUACUUGUCAGUGAGCACGGCGAUGUGAAAGUGGCCGACUUUGGUGUGGCUGGACAACUGACAGAAACCGUCAAAAAACGCAUCACAUUCGUUGGAUCGCCGUUCUGGAUGGCCCCCGAGCUGAUCAAACAGUCGAGUUAUGACUAUAAGGCUGACAUCUGGUCACUCGGAAUCACGGCCAUCGAGCUAGCCAACGGCGAGCCACCGCACUCGGAUCUUCACCCGAUGCGCGUACUAUUCCUCAUCCCGAAAAACCCGCCGCCCGUGUUACAAGGCAGUCAGUGGUCGAAACCGUUCAAGGAGUUUGUCGAGCUGUGUCUGAAUAAGGAUCCGGAGAAUAGACCAUCUGCCAGUACCCUUCUGAAGCAUCAAUUCAUAAAACGAGCCAAGAAGAAUAGUAUUUUGGUGGAUUUGAUUGAGAGAGCAGCGGAGUAUAGAUCGAGAACGGGCGUCUCCAGCGACAGUGAUCUUGACGAGGACUCGGACGGCGGUGGUGGAACGAGCAAGUGGGAUUAUCCGACGGUGCGGGGACCGCGUGGCGCCGUCGCCCCCAACCAUGAUGAUGAUGGAACGGUGCGGCAGAGGACGGAUAGACCGAGGCCGCCGGUUGGGAGACGAUCACCGAGUGGAUCACCGGGUGGAACGAUUGUUAGGGGAAACCCACAAGUCGCCGCUGUCGCCGAUCAACUUCGAAACGCCUCGAUCAGCUCAUCUGGCUACGGAUCCGGUGGCAACAACUCGUCAUCUGCAUACACGUCAUCUAUGACUCCACAAGCACACACAGCGUCAUCUGGAGGCGCGACGACGAUCACUCUCGGAAGUCCGAAUACUAGUCCGACGGCAACACUCGCAAGAACUCAAUCGAUGGUCUCACCACCCAACGGACAACGAGCUGGUUCGGCGAAUUCUUGGGAUUUAGAGCGAGGAAAUCGUCCGUCGAGCGAGCGACUUACCACUCAAACGUCGCCGUCGAAAUAUCAACAGAAUCGAGGAAGUAACGGAGUUCAAGGUGGAAGUGGCGGUCGACGAGAGUACACGAAUGGUGGUGGACUCAAUGGACAUCAGAAUCCAAUGGAAUACUCGGAUAGAGGAGGACGUGGAGGAUCCGGCGGUCGAACGGAUUAUCCUCGUGAUAGUCAUGUGCCGACGUCUUCACAGGAGAAUCUCCUCCACGGAAGAAUGUAUGGAUACGGAGCACCGCCACCACCACCGUCACGAGAGGCUCAGCGAGUGAAAGGAGCACUUGACUGUAGUCUCCUACCGGCGAUUGAACAUUUGUCACGGACACGUCACGCGACGGCGGCACUCGACCAGUUGAGACAUGUAUUCAGAGAGGCGGAGGACUCGUGUCCCGGCAUUUGUAACGAGUUGAUUGAGGAGUUGAUGAAGAGAAUCGCGGUGCCACAGGUUAGCCAAUCCGAUCUGGAAGCAGCGAUUCGUCGACUGACAACACCGCCGUCUUGA